CGCAGCGAGUACAGCGGCCCGCUGUGAACUUGUUAGAUUAAGAGCAGCGUGAAUUCUGAAGGAGCUUCAAGACGUGUAUAGCGACGCAGAGGGACCGUCAGAGAGAAACAGCGCAAAGGGAUUUUGACAUGCACUGGCCGAAACAGCCAAAGGAAAGGUCGUGUAACUCUCUGCCCACUGUGAAGAAACUCUUGGAGCAGAAGCGAAAGCAAGAAACAUCCUCGUCACCUUCUUCCUCUUCCGCGGCAGAGGCCAGCGCAACUGCCACCGCUGUCCCGGUGUCAACACCAGCACAAGCUACUCCAACAGGCAAGUACAGACACUGUAACAAACUGACAACCCUUACAUAUGUUAUCUCAGAGUUAGGGGCGCGUGUGUGUCCAAAUACAUGUAAAAUAACAAACCACGUGAAAGCGACCCUCAAAACGACUGCUUCACGAUCCCCCAUCUCACCUCCAGGUGCCGCCGGCAGCUAUUCCAACACCAUGGGUGCAGUGGGACCCAUGCCGACAUUCCCCAGGUGGGAGGUGUCCAACCCCCACCCUGCCCCUGCCCUGCAGCAGGACUGCCCAUUCUCCCCCGUGGGGAGCAGCUACUACCUGUCGCCCCCUGAGGGGUUCACUCAACCCUACAUGCCUUCCAGCUUCACCACGCAGCAAACCCCGGACUACAGCGCUGCCAUGAGCGUACUUGCCUAUCCGGACUGCCCAGUGACAUCGGCUGUCACAGGCACGCUGCAGCCACCUGGUUGUAGCUGGGUGCCGGAGAGCAGCAUCCAGGGUCACAUUAACCCCGGCCACCAGGGCUACGGGGUGCAGAUAAACACCGUGAUACUGGAGGAGGCCCGGAUGUUCCUGCGAGGGAUGGACAACAGCAAGAAGAUGUGGCAGGACGAGGAUGGAGACACGAUCCUGCACAUCUACACUGCCAAGGGCCUGAGGGAGUAUGCCUUCGCGGCUGCAGAGAACUUUCAAGCCCUUGGAAGGCUGGACUCCAAAGAGCACAAGGGGAAGACUGCUUUGCUGGUGGCAGUGACAGCCAACCAGCCGGAUAUUGUCCAGGACCUCCUUUCGCUUGGGGCAGACAUCAACGCCUGUGAUGUCAAAGGUCAGACAGCACUCCACCUGGCUGCAACAUAUGGCUUCCCCAGGGUAAUGGAGACCAUUUUGACCUUUGGACAUAGUGUGGACCUGGAGGCUCGGAAUUUUGAAGGACAGACCCCUUUGCACUGCGCUGCCAUCUCCCACAGUGGCACUGUGAAGGCCCUCUUCUCCGCGGUUCCCGGGCAGGGCGACGCCGGCCUCCAGGCUCAGGCGGAGGACAAGCAGGCCUGCGUGCAGCUGCUGCUGCAGUAUGGAGCCUCUCUGCUCAGCCAGGACAUCAAGAGCAAUAAGACAGUCCUGCAUUUGGCUGUGAAGGAAGGGAACAUUCACCUGGUGCGUUACCUGCUAAAGCUUCACCUGUCUGACAUGCAGGCCUUCGUGAACAUGAAGGCGCACGGGAACACUGCACUUCACAUGGCGGCCGGUCUGCAUGGCAGUGGCCACCAGGAGGAGAUGAUCCGCCUGCUUCUGAGCCGCGGGGCGGACCCCAGCGUGCGAAACCUGGAGAACGACCAGCCGGCGCACCUCCUGCAGAGCGGGGAGAGGGGAGAGCAGCUCAAACUCAUCCUGAAAAAGCGAACCGCUUCCUCUCGUCGACGUAUCACAUCCUUACAGGACCAGGAAUGACUCGGACUACUUUCC